AUGGCCCCGUGGCCCGCACCUCCUCCGCCUCCACCUCCGCCUCCACCGCUCUCUGCGCCGCCGCCGCCUCCCGGCGCCUCCGCUAAGGGCCCGCCGGCGCGCAAGCUGCUUUUCAUGUGCACCUUGUCCCUGUCCGUCACCUACCUGUGCUAUAGCCUCCUCGGCGGCUCGGGCUCCCUGCAGUUCCCGCUGGCGCUGCAGGAGCCCCCGGGCGCCGCCGCCGCCGCCGCCGAGUCCCCGCCGAGCCCGCCGCCGCCCUCCCCGCCGCCUCCCCGCGCGCGCCUCGGCGCCCCCUCGCCGCCGCCGCCGCCGCCGGACAACGCGAGCCGCGGGGCGCCCCCGGAGCAGCCCGCCGUCCCUGGGGCCGACGGCUGGGGGCUGGCGAGCGGCGGCGGCGGCGGCGGCGGCGGAGGGGUCGCCCGGGACGCCUGGCUCCGGAGCCCGCAGGCUGCCGGCGAGAUGGUCGCGGCGCUGCCGGACAGGGACGCGCAGGAAUCCAGCACCGACGAGGAGCCCGCGGGCCGGAGGACUGCCAACGCCAGUGCCAGCGGCGAGAGGGGCGCCGCCGCCAGCACCCCCGACUAUGGCGAGAAGAAGCUGCCCCAGGCGCUCAUCAUCGGGGUCAAGAAAGGAGGCACGCGCGCGCUGCUGGAGGCCAUCCGCGUCCACCCCGACGUGCGGGCGGUGGGCGUGGAGCCUCACUUCUUCGACAGGAACUACGAGAAGGGGCUGGAGUGGUACAGAAACGUGAUGCCUAAGACAUUGGAUGGCCAGAUAACCAUGGAGAAGACCCCCAGUUACUUUGUGACAAAUGAAGCUCCCAAGCGCAUUCACUCUAUGGCCAAGGACAUUAAACUCAUUGUAGUGGUGAGAAACCCAGUGACCAGGGCCAUUUCUGACUAUACCCAGACACUGUCAAAGAAGCCUGAGAUCCCCACCUUUGAGGUACUAGCCUUCAAAAACCGGACCCUAGGGCUGAUUGAUGCCUCCUGGAGUGCCAUCCGCAUUGGGAUCUAUGCUCUUCACCUGGAGAACUGGCUCCAAUACUUCCCUCUCUCUCAGAUCCUAUUUGUUAGUGGUGAGCGACUCAUAGUGGACCCUGCAGGGGAAAUGGCCAAAGUACAGGAUUUUUUAGGCCUCAAGCGUGUUGUGACUGAAAAGCACUUCUAUUUCAACAAAACCAAGGGAUUCCCCUGCUUAAAAAAGCCAGAAGACAGCAGUGCCCCAAGGUGCUUAGGCAAAAGUAAAGGCCGGACUCAUCCCCGCAUUGACCCAGAUGUUAUCCACAGACUGCGGAAAUUCUACAAACCCUUCAACAUGAUGUUUUACCAAAUGACUGGUCAAGAUUUCCAGUGGGAACAGGAAGAGGGGGACAAAUGACCCUAGCAGUAUGGAGAGAAGGCCAGUGAAUGUGAAGGAUGCUCCUCAGCCAAGUCCUGAGUCCUUGUGUUCUUCUGCAGCUUCCGUCUUGCAGGAGUGUGCACAGAUCUCCCACUGCAUGCACUGAAGGCAGCCUCUCGUGUUGUGGGUUUAGGCAAAGGUGAUGAUCCCUUGGGAAACCCCAUGAAGUAACCAACAGCAUCUGGUUGACCAGAUAACCACCAGAACCUACCACAAUUCUUAACUCCAACUAGUUAGUAGAGUCUAAGGACAUGAUAAACACCUGUCAAUGUCAGAGAUAGACACUAGGUUUGUUUAUCUGAGUGGCAAACAAAAGAAGGAAGAAAGGAAGGAAGGAAUAAAGGAAGGAAGGAGGGAAGGAAGGAAGGAUCUACUUUAUGGAGGCUCUUUAUUUUGGGGAGCCUGGGUACUACUGCCUGCCCUUGUAUUUUGGUACCUAAUAUGUAAACCUCUUCUUUGGCUACUCUGCAGAAUGCUAUGUGUGGUUGAAUGCUCUGGGACUCCUGGAGAGCAAAGUCCUCCCUCUAAGGCCUUUCCAGCCUUCUCACUAAAGGCCUCAUCCCACAACCCUUUUAUUUCCUCCUUUCUCACAGUAUGAAGGCAAAGGCAUGCACAUAUGUUUCUCACCAAAAAAUGAAAAUGAAAAAGUAGCUGAUCCCCCAGGAGGCCUUCUACCUAAGAGCCAUCCAAGGAGUAUGUCUCUCUUUAUGAGUGUCCUGAAUUAUGAAGAAGCUUAGCACACAUCCUCACAUUGUAAUCAAGCCCAUGGGGAUAUUUGCAGAGCAGGGAGAUUGAAGUUCAAAGCCCCAAGUUCAGCAAAGUUGAGUGUCCAUAUCUGAGAGUCCAGGGAGAAACUCAGCUCUCUUGGUAGGAGGCCUCCUCACUGAAAGACCUUUUUAUCCAAGCACCAUGGUUCUACAGCUUUGGGAUGGGCUCUAUUCUCUGGGGGCCUCAGAGAGGUGAAGACCAGAGCAAACAUAAUUCUGGUUCUGAAUCACUUCAGAAUCUAGUGGGAUGGCAAAGCUCAGUGGUCUUCUUUUUGUCCCACCACCACCGUCUCAGGCUCACCUACCAUUCAUUUUCUCUCCUCAGAGAUGAUGUAUAUUGGGCCAUUGGCAAGAGUUCUGACUCUUCUGUCACAUCCAGUUUAAGAGUGGGGGAGGACUAUGACUGUCUGCAGACAUCCCCACCAAGGGCUGCCAAAUAAAAGUGUCCCUUCCCAUUAAUUUGGCCCAAUUAAAAUGCAGCAUUUGAUAUCACACACUUGUUCAUGGAUCUCUACAAACAAGGAAUUGUUCUAUUAAAAUUCAAAAUUUGUAUGAGUUGGGGGGGGGGAGUUGAAUCUGUUCAUCUGUUAUUAAACUGUCAUUUCUCCCGCUAAAUGAAAACUGUGUUGUUAUAAAGCUUAAUGCAACCUGA